GGCGUGUGCUUUUACUUAUGUUUCUAAACCACUGUGUAAUAUAAAGCAUGACCUAGAGUUCUAAUGCUACCAGGUGUAGGGAACUAAACCAUUUAAUUGAAGCUGUUAAAAUAAUGAAAAGCCUCUGUUUUCUCUGGAAAAAGUGGCCGGUAGGAUAGGCAUAUGCACAGAGUCGUUAUAUCCUUUUGCAUAUGCAAAAGCUUCACAUACUAGAUGUAAAUUUCUAGUUAUUAUACUCUUUCUACUAAAGCUACUCCUAAUCUUUAUUUUAGACUGGAUCAUAGUGCAUCAUGGGCAUUAAAUUUCUUCUGACUGCAAUCUCUAUAUGGAUUUGGAUAACCUCCUGGAUUCAACUUCUCACUGCUUCAUCUGAUGGGCUAGUGCGGAUCAGCCUGAAAAAGCAGCCUUUAGACCUUAAAAGAAUAAAUGCUGCAAGGAUCACCGGAGUAGGGCUUGAAAGCAAUGUGAAUGAUCAGGAAGCAGAUAUAAUAUAUCUAAAGAAUUAUCUUGAUACCCAAUAUUAUGGACAAAUUGGCAUAGGUUCACCCUCUCAGAGCUUUUCUGUUGUCUUUGACACUGGGAGCUCUAAUCUUUGGGUGCCAUCAUCAAAAUGCGUUGUUUCUAUUCCUUGUCAUUUCCAUUCGAAGUUUCGGGCUAGGCUAUCCAGUACAUAUACCAAGAUUGGGAUACCUUGCAAAAUCAACUAUGGCUCUGGAUCUAUUUUUGGCUUCUUUAGCCUAGAUCAUGUUAAAGUUGGGGAUAUUGCUGUCAAAGAUCAAGAGUUCAUAGAGAUUACAAGGGAAGGUUUUCUACCAUUCCUAGUUGCAAAAUAUGACGGAAUUCUUGGACUUGGGUUUCAGGAAAUUUCUGUGGAACAAGCUACUCCUCUGUGGUCCAACAUGGUGCAACAAGGUCAUGUUAGCCAGAAACUUUUCUCUCUCUGGCUAAAUGGAGAUUUAACAUCAGAGUUAGGAGGUGAAAUUGUCUUUGGAGGUCUUGACUGGAGGCACUUCAGAGGUGACCACACUUAUGUCCCAGUUACCAAAGGCGGUUAUUGGCAGAUUGAGGUAGGAGAUAUAUUAGUAGAAAACAACUCAACAGGACUAUGCAAGAAUGGCUGUGCUGCCAUUCUGGAUUCGGGGACACCAUUAAUUGCAGGGCCAACUGAAAUUGUGGCUCAGAUCAACCGUGCAAUUGGAGCAGAAGGAAUUGUAAGCUUGGAAUGCAAAAAUGUUGUUUUUAAGUAUGGGUAUUCCUUGUGGGACUCCUUAAUAUCUGCGCAGGUACGGCCUGAAAUAUUGUGCGUCGAUAUUGGGUUAUGUUCAUAUAAUGGAUCGCAGCAUGUGAGAGUGGGGUUUGGUUAUUUUGAGUUAGUACAAGAAGAAGCACUCAACCUGAAUCCGUGCAGUGGCGGCCUCAAGACAGUGGUAGAAAAUGAAACUAGGGUAGGAUCAGCAAUGGGUGAGACUGCUGUGUGUACUUUCUGUGAGAUGAUUGUUUUCUGGAUUCAAGUUCAGCUCAAACAACAGAAAAUAAAGGAAAAAGUAUUCAAACAUGUAAAUCAGCUGUGCGAAAAUCUUCCAAAUCCCGUUGGAAAAUCAUUUGUCAACUGUGAUUACAUUGACAUUCUGCCAGAUGUUACAUUUACCAUCGGAAACAAAUCAUUCCCUCUUACUCCAGAACAGUAUAUUCUUAAAGUUGAAGAAGGCUGUUCUACCGUGUGUGUCAGUGGCUUUGUCCCUUUGGAUGUGCCUCCCCCACGAGGUCCUCUUUGGGUACUCGGAGAUCGGUUUCUGAGCGCAUACCAUACAGUGUUUGACUUCGGAAAUCUGCGGGUAGGAUUUGCAAAAGCUGCAAAAUAGUGCCAAACUGGAUUUCGCCAGCCUCCAGUUUGCGCACGCUAAUUCGUAGAUGGAUAACAAUUAAUGCAGCACUUAGAUUCUAUAUACAUGCUCAUUCUGCUUCGAGUGCCUUGUGUAAAGGUUAAUAUUUCACCAUAUCAAUAAACUGCCAGCAUCAUAUGAGUACUUUUUUUAGUGCUUAGAUGUGCGCUUUUGUUUCCGGUUCUCUGCUGCAAGGAAUGUAAACGAGAAAUUUUACACCUUCAUAAUCUAGGUUUGAAAAUGAUUUUAGAGACUUAACU